GUUAAGUGCUGUUGUUGAUAUAAACGAUUGCAAUUUGUUAUUGUGUUCUAACCUUAACAUGAAUUUUUUCUGAUCUUGAAAUUAUUGUGGUCUGAAAACGCUCCUUAUGAUAUGCGUAUAAAUUUUAAAAAUGAUAAACCUUUUUGAUUUCGUGAAGUUUGUUUCUUUAGUGGUUUUUGUUUUCAGCUGUGUUAAAUUCUCUUCUUCCCAGGACAUUUUGGGCUGCGGCGGGUUUGUAAAAAGUGAUGUUGACAUCAACUUCAGUGAAGUUGAAGUGAAACUGUUUACAAAGCACGGGGCCCUGAAGGAUCAAAUUGACUGUGCUCCAAACAACGGCUAUUACUUCCUGCCGCUGUAUGACAAAGGAGAAUACGUCUUGAAAAUUGCACCUCCAUCUGGUUGGCUGUUUGAACCGAAAGAAGUUGUACUAAAUGUUGAUGGCAUCACAGACCCAUGUAGCCAAGGCAAAGAUAUAAAUUUUGUUUUUAAAGGGUUUGCCAUAUUGGGCAAGGUUGUCAGCGCGGGCAGUGAAAAUGGUCCGAAAGAUGUGGCAGUUUCCUUGUUUGUGGAUGGUAAAUCGCUGCCUCUGCAUGAAGUGGCCACCACUCAAGAAGGAAAGUUUGUCUUCAGUCCGGUUCUGCCAGGAAAGUACUCGAUCACGGCUUCCCACCCUCAUCUCAAGUUCAACAAAAGCCGAACAUCUGUGCAAGUUGGCCAACAAAAUGCAGAAAUACCAUCGGAUGAAUUAGUAGUAUCUGGUUAUGAUGUAUAUGGUACAGUAACCAGCAAUGAUGAACCAAUAAGGGGUGUAAGCUUCGUGCUCUUUCAAGAAGAUAAUAAGCCACCGCCUAGUGAAUUGGAUGCCUGCAGUACUACACCAUUGGCAGGAUUCAAAUCAAACAAAAACUCCUUGUGUCAUGUUAUUUCUGAUGAAAGGGGCGUGUUCCAUUUCCGUGCUCUACCACCGGGCAAAUACAAAGUGGUCCCACACUACGAAAGUCCUACCAACAUCCACUUUGAUGUGAGGCCGGAAAAAUUUGAAUUUGAAGUUACUCACAACAGCAUUGUUAUUGAUUCUCCAUUCAAGGUGACAGGCUUCAGUGUGAAAGGGCGUGUUUUGAUGAAGGAGAACGGCAACGGAAUACAAGAUGCCACGUUGCUCUUGGACGGACGCGUCAGCAGUCGCACCUCUGCCAGUGGAGAGUACUACCUUGAGAACAUGCAGCCUGGCACCUACAGCUUGCAGGUUAAGGCUGAUGACUUGAUGUUUUCCACUGAAAAUGUGAAAAUCACAGCAAACACUCCUCAGCUUCCAGACAUUUACCCGACUGCAUACAAAGUGUGUGGUGUUGUGAAACCAUACAGGUUAAUUCACAGCAGUGAAGAUAAACUCCCAUUAGCUGUUCUGUUUUCUAAUGUCGACGACGACCAAAAAAUGGAAGUCCAAGUUGAAGCUGGAUCUGGGAAGAUCUGCCAGUUUCUCAAAAGAGGGAAUUACAAAGUUUCAGUUGUGGUUUCGGAAGAAUUGAAAAACAAAUGGUUACAGUUCAGUCCACUAAGUAAGACGGUAAAAGUGUUGGACAGUCCGAUCCUUGAUGCAUUUAAAUUCAUCCAGCUGAAGGUGAAGCUGUCUGGGAAAGUUUUAUGUUUACCUGUCGCUGGGGACAGGUCUUGCCCUGAAAUUAAAAUUUCUUUGCAUCGCGUAUCCAGCGAUGCAGCGGAUAAAGACGUGUUGAGUACUUUGACGAAAGGUGCAGUGUACAUUUUCGAGGACAUUCUGCCUGGUGCAUACACAGUUAGCAUCACUAAAGAUGAAUGGUGUUGGGAAUCCACUAGCCAUGUAGUGAAUGUCACGUCAUCGGAGUAUGUUGCAAGGCCGUUUGUGCAGACAGGUUUUGUGGUGAACUUUUAUUCAUCACAUGCGACAGAGGUGCAGUAUGAAUUGCAGUCUUCACAGAGUGGUUUGCAAACAGUGAACAAAUUAUUUGUUGAAAAGGGUCACACGAAAACGUGUGUUACAUCUCCAGGAGUUUACAAAUUCAAGCCAGUUGGUUGCCAUGAAUACGACCAGCCUGUGUUCCAAUGGAAUUCUGCUGCUGUUCCAACUGCCAUCCACAUGAAUGCCAUUUCGCAUGCCGUGUCGGGACGGGUUACCUCCACGGAGAACGUGAAUGAUAUUGUGGUCACAGUCACUAGAGCUGAAAACGAAAAUUCACAAACAAGGUUGGGUCCACUGAAACCAAAAGUUGUUCCAGAGAAAAAGAUGGUAUUUUAUGAAUUCAGAGUUCAACUUAGACCUGGGGAAACGGUGACAUUUGAACCAUCUGCAUCCAGUUUGCUUUUCAGACCAACAAAGAUUGUGUUUGAAGGAUUGGAUGACUGUGUUGAUAACCAAAUACAGUUUGAAGCUGAUUUGGGAAAAAUAAUAGAAGGAAAGGUGGUUCCAGCACUUCCGGGAGUGAAGAUUAGUGUCUUUGGCGAUGAUGCCAAGGAGAAGUUGAUAACAUCUGCAGAUACUAAAGAAGAUGGUUCCUACAGAUUUGGUCCUCUUCCAGGAACUGUUAACUAUCAAAUUAUUGCUGAAAAAGAAGGUUAUGUUAUGUCCAAACGAAACUCUGAUGGGAAUUUUCAUGCACAUAAGUUGGCAGAGAUCAUAGUGGAAGUAACCGACAAAGCUGACGGAAAACAUCUCCAGGGUGUGCUGCUAUCGCUCUCUGGUGGCGAGAGUUUCCGUCGCAACAGUCAAACUGGGAGUGAAGGCCGGAUGACGUUCUCCUCCUUGAGUCCUGGUGAUUAUUUUCUUAGACCGAUGCUGAAGGAGUAUUCCUUCGAACCAGCUUCCAAAAUGAUUUCUGUUCGUGAAGGUGAAACAACAGAGGUGAAACUUAUUGGACGGCGUGUGGCGUACAGUGUGUUCGGCACAGUCACAUCGCUGAGCGGCGAGCCGGAGAGAGGCGUGGUGGUGGAGGCGGUGGGCACCAACAACUGCUCGCUCUUCCAAGAAGAAAGCACCACGGAAACAAACGGACAUUUCCGCAUCCGAGGUUUAAAACCAAAUUGUGCAUAUGUUGUCCGUAUGAAGCAAGGACGAGAAGUAAAUCAGCAUGUGCAAAGAGUUACUCCAAAAAGUGUUACAGUCACUGCAUUGGAUGGUGACAUUCAUGGAAUCAAGUUAAUUGCCUUUCAUGCCAUUAAACAAAUGGAUAUUUCUGCAUAUAUCAACAGCUCAGACAUGGAGCAUUUGCACACCGUGAAUGCAAAACUCUGCCGAGAAGAUUCUCCUGAUAUGCCUGUGCACACCAUCAAAAUGGAAGCAUUAUAUGGAAAAUCUUCACUAGCUAAAAGCACUAAAGGACCACUUAUCGUAUUCCCAUCAAUACCGCUCGACAAUCGUGGUUAUUUCAUUCUACUGGAAUCUACACUUUCACCAAAGUCCUAUCACCGUACAACUGAUAAGGUUCAUUUUAAAGCAAACACUUCAUUCAAACAUUUAAAACUAGCGUUUCAGCCAGUUCAUAGAUAUGGUGAUGUUCACAUAGGGCAUUGUUCGUAUUAUGUCAUACCCUUAGCAACUGUUCUAUUCCUAAUUUAUUAUCAUCAGCAAAAAAUUUUUCCUGUAAUGAAUAGAUUUGUCCGUAGAGCUUUGAAGUUUACCAAAAUUGCAGGCCCGCAUUCGGGCAGGCAAGGAAACAAUUCAGGAUCACGGGCAAGCAAUGUUGUUACAAGACACAGUGCAGCCAGUGAUCAUGGUGUGAAUGAUGUUGUGUUAGUGGAAGCAGUGAACGUUAAAAGAAAAGUGAAACCGCGACUAAUUUGAGUCACGCAUCUUAUUAGUGAUUUGCAAUAUUAUGUUAUAGUACAGUUAUAAAUUUUUGGAAUUUGGUGAUUAUUUGGCAAAGUGUUGUAGUUCUGUGUAUGUAAUUAUUAGGUAACCAGGUUGCUGUGAUUCAAAAUAUGGAGGGUUAGUAAUAUAAAGAAUAUACACUCAACUGUGACAUUUGGGCAGUUAUAAAUGUGUUUCAUUUACAUUCUCUAAAGUAUGAAAGGUUGUUUACUUACUUGUACUUGAGAGAGUGGUCUCAAGUGAAGACGAUAUAGUUCAAGACCCUCUAAUUAUCCAUUAUACAGAAUGAUUCAAAAGUCCUUAAACAAACUUUAAGAGCAAAUCAGGCAUAUAGAAUCAAGUAAUUUUUACAAUAGAACAUUGGAUUACUAACGGAAAUGUCUGAUGAUGGGGCACCAGUCUAUUUGGAUAGUGUUGUCUGUACAAAUGACGUGCUUUACUGCCAUUUCAUUUUGCUUCCCCAUAAAUGCAAUCCAUCUGUGCCAUCUAAUGACUAUAGUUCUCUAUCCUAUAUUGGAAAUGUUUGCAAUGACAAGUCCCAACUCACUCGCUUGCAAAAAGCACCUUGGGACCUCAUGUUCUAUAGUAAAAAUAACUUUUUUUGUGUAUACAUGCCCUACCCUUAAAUUUGUUUCGGGACUUUUGAAUCGUCCUGGAUUUUAUCAUCAGGCAUAACCUUGCAUAAUUGUUCAUGUAUAUGAAUGGACUAUUAAUAAAAUGUGAAAUACCCCACAUGACUGAGCUAUUUGAAAAUAUUUACUAUUUGAAUAGCUAAAUUUUCUUCAAUUAGCUUUUUCAAGAGAAAGCACCAAUAAAAAGGUGACUUGCUUCUCCACUGUGUAUAGGACCAUGAAUUCUAGCUUAGUGGUUAAAUGUACAGUGAAAUGGUAGGGUGAGCUAGAAGUAAACAUGAUUAAUUUGCAUCAUUACUUUGUAAUUCAAGCCAUGUAAGGUCAAGACAGUGUUGCUCAACGGGACUGCAAAGGAUUGCCAUAACUUAUUUAAAAUAAAUACUUUUUUCUUAUCUGUUGCAAAACAGAAACUAGUUUCAUGAAUUUUUUUGUUGUUAACCGGCAUUUGUAUUGUUUAUUACGUGUUCACUCAAAUGGUUGCUGUAUCUUCUGGGUUGAUAUUGUGUACACUUAAAAACAAUUAAAAUUCACAUUUUCACAGUUCAAACAUAGUUUAGAAACGUAGGUACUAAUCUAUCUUGUUAAUGGUUUAGCAGUUCUCAUUACAAUUUCAUUAUCCCAACUAUAUUUUUUUUAUAGAUUCACAAGAUGACUGGACAUGAGAAAACACUUGGGUAUAAAUAUGUGUGUGUGUGUGUGUGUAUGUGUGUAUGUAAUCUUGUGGCUUGUGCUUGAACCCCAAGUUUAGAUGUAGGUUAAGAAAAACAUAUAAUUUCCAGUUAAUAUGUCAUACAUAACUUAUUCAAAUCAACCAUAUUUGUUCCUUUUAUCUAACCCCUUUCUUGUAUUUACAUAUUUCAAGUUUUAUUUUGCCAUUUUAUGUAUGUACACUGCAUUUCAGCUAAUCUGAGCACUUUUGUAUUUUUGCUUAGUGUUUUGUGUCAUUUAUUUUGCUUAGUGUCAUUAUACUGAGAAAACUUUUUAAUGUUGCACUUUCAGGAUCACGGUCAUCUCGAAUUAACGAUUUUUCCUGAUAAUUGAACAACUGUAUAGUUUUAAUGAGAAUACCAAACAAAAAUUAUUUACAGUACAAUGAUUUUUGAUUCAAGUUGUAAUAAGCUGCUCUUAUAGAAGGAAAAAAAAUACAUGAGCACUGGUCUUCAGAAAAAUCACUUUGGAAAUGUACUCAUGAAACGUGAAAUGUAACCCGCUAUAGAACAGGAAACACUACAGGAAUGUAACGAUGAACUCUGAGCGGCCAAGGUCAGCAACCAUAAUUCACUGGGAAGAAAUCUGAAUUGAGUCAGCACCUGGCUUGGUGCGUGAUUACAGAAGGUCCCGAACCAUGGGGUGACGGAUUGAACAUCUUUUGCUGUAAUCUAAUACGGAAAUUACUUUUUCUAAUACGUGUGUUUUAAACUGGAUCACCAGUAAGACAGGCUAUGUUUGAUUUCAAACAUUUUCAUACAUAUAUUUCAUUCGUACAUUUCAAACAUACGCUAUUGCUGGUUUUUAUUAAUAUAGAUAAACCUAAGAACGAAUAAGAACGAUGACUACACAUACAGAAAACAAGCAAGCCAAAAUCUGCCGAUGUCAAAUGUUACACGCACAGACAGCACAGGAAAUUCCUUGGAAUGAAUUGGUAAAAACAUCACAGCACAGACAAGACAGUUGUAACAAGAACAGAAAAUACCAACAAACAACCAUCUAGGACAAAAAAGUGACAGACAGACGGACCCAAUGAUGAUACAAAACAGAUAAUCCAGACAACACAAUGCGCAAACCCGGCGAUGGCACUAAACAGAUAGUUAUUCGGGACAGCACGGUAACAACAGCACAGACGAACACAGCUGCGACUUUUCAAGAACUGACACAUGUUACAGUCAUCAGGCCCAAAUAGACUGGUAGGGGACACUGGGAAAACAGGGAGUUUAUAUGUGGUUGACCCUUUCUCCUGGCUCGGCCAAUGACGAGCUAGCACUCACCUGAUUGGUCCUACUGCGAGGGUUGUUGGUUGGCAAGUUUUUUUGUGAUGAAUUAGUUUCUGUUUUUAUAAAAGGAAUCUAUUUAUUUUUAAAUCAAAUACUUUGUUGAUUGCGUUGUUAUUGCUGACAAAUGCUGAUUUAAUUACUUGUUUGUGUAUUCAUCUUUCUUAAUUCUUGUGGUUUCUCUAUACAUACAGUGAAAACCAGCUAUGGUGUAUGCCCGUGGAAAUAUUUUAAAUCAAGCUUCCCCAGUGCAAGUAUCAUUCAAAGACUAUAUUUAAGUUGAAUGUUGUGCUGAUGUUGGCCACCAGAAGUUAAUCCAAAAAUGUUCAUAUUAGCUGCAAUGUAAUUAAAAAGUAAAUUUUGUUUUAUAAUUACUUUUUGCUAGUCUGUAAAAAAUAUUCAACAUAAAAAUAAAACUUGUUUUUGGAAAUAUUUCUGUUUGUAUUUUUUGUUAUUGUCAGUAUGAAAUUUAUGUAUAGGUGUUAGUAUAUUCUGUUGAAAUUUAAAUAUAAGUCAAAAGAGUUUUUUUAUAUAUUAUAUUGGUUUGUGUGUACUGUAUGCUAAAAAUUAUUUUCAGUACAAAUUGCUGUUGAAGAGGGAAUGCCAAGAUAUGUAAACUGUGUUUUUUACAGUAAAGUUUUUACAUGUGCAUUUAAUUCCGUCCAAUAACCAGAACUAAGCUGAUUAAAUACACUCUCGUUUGGGAAAUAUGCAUCAUCAAAGACGAGCUCAUAGAGCUCUGUGUGGCACCAAAAGUUGAUGUCAGCUGACGGAAAUACAGUUUGUCUCAUUUUAAAUGGUAGUUUGUUCAGAAAGUUUACAAAACUUAUUAUCUGUAUUGUGAUUAUAUGCUCCAUUUAUUCAUUAAAUUCUAUUUAUUGCAACUCAAGUUCUUAAAAAGAUAAUAUUUUAAAAGUUUUUUUCCUUUAUGAAAUAGACAUUAAGUUUGUAAUUGUGAAUUUUUGAUUUUAUUGAUGUUGAACUUGUAUUUAUAUGUCAUUCAAUUACUGUUACAUCUUUCCUUGAUAUAUACAGCAAGAUGUUUAAUUUGUAAAUUUAUUUAUAACUCAUAUGGCCAUUAUUAAAUAAUGUAAGUACUGUAUUCACCCGAAAAUAAGUCUACCUUGAAUGUAAGAUGACCCCCAGUUAUGCAUCUUAAGGUUCCAAGAAAAAUUAUUUACUUUCCUUCCUCAAGCCUGUAUCACAUGAUGGAAGGUUUCCUACUGGCGCCGCUAGACGCUCCCAACAAAACUGCUCGCUAGGCCUGCAUGGACAUUUCUACGGAACCUAUCGCAACCAAUAAGAAUCUACAGUAACCAAGUGAACUUCAUUCAUUGUGGAAUGACCGAGCUUUGCUCGGUAUUUUUUUUUUUUUUGUAAAUUGGGUUUUUUAGAAAUUAUAUUUAAAUAAAAAUUACAUACUGAUGAAAUAUGAAUAAUAUUUUUCGAUCUUACUGGCAUAAUAAUAACUUUUUUUCAAAGAUCGUUUAGGCAUUUUUAAGUGAACACAUGAGUUAAAAAGACAGAAAUAAAAUAAGUAAACAAUUGAUUUUCUUGGUCUAACCUCAAACCAAACACUCAUUGGCCAUCUACUGGAUUAGCUUUAGUGUUGUCGUUAAAGCAGUUAGUUGCUUCCAAUUAAAAAAAAAAUGAUAUUAUUACUCGCCAAUAGAUGUCAGGAAGAGUCAUUUAUGUUUAAGUUGAUUAUUGAAAACACAGAUAAAACUACAUUUUCUAAAAAUGAAUCCUAGCUAGAUCGAUUUAUCGGCCCCGAAACCCCCUGCAUACUAAAUUUCCUGAAAAUCAUUGGAGCCGUUUCCGAGAUUCAGAUUACACACACACACACACACACACACACACACACACACACACACACACACACACACACACACACACACACACACACACACACACACACACACACACACACACACACACACACACACACACACACACACACACACACACACACACGUGCACGCACGCACACGCACGCACUAAUUGCUCGUUUAAAGAUAUACGAUAAAUACUCAGAUCAUUUCAUAGCCAUUUUAUUUAGCCUACAGUUUCUGCUUGUGAAGCUCAGUCUCUAUUUAUGUUUUUGUGUUCUAUAUGUAACAAUAAAUUUUGUGUAGUGUUUGUUCGUUCAAAAAAUGUGUGUGUCGAAACCACACAAAGUGGUGGAACUUCUUGCUUAUUAUGUAUAGACAGAGAUAAAUUAUUACUAUUUUUUUUUAGAACAGGAGAUGAUAAUUGAGAAUAGUAAAGAUGCGGGUAUGAUCUCAAAUGAAAUACCUGUUUUCGAAAUGAAUGAAAUAAAAAUUUAUUUACUAAUAAUUUUUUUGUACGUUUAAAACAAACUUGCACAAAGUACAAUUAAAUUUAAUUUUAAAUAACUAUUCCUAAACUUGAAGCUUGCCGAUAAUUAGGUAGUUCAUGCAGUUUAACCAAAUGUCCACAUGAACGUGUGGAGUCUGAGGUAGGUAUCUGGCAUACGAACUGGACCUAGCUCGAUGCUGUUUUGUUGAGCCACAGUCGCCCACAGCUACACUCUGAUCGAGAAAUAUAUUCACCUCUUAGUUGUACUUAACAUAUUUACAUGCUCGUGGGCUCGUAACUAUAAUAUGGUGUGUGAUGUAGUUAGUCAAAUGAUAAUUUGUGUGAAAUAUUUAUCCAUAUAAAACUAAAGGAUGAAAAGCAUUAUACCAGCAAAAAUAUUUAGUUACACAGCUAAAACAAUAAGUGUUUCUAACAACACUGAUGUACACAAGUAAUUAAAAUAAUACUACGUACACGAAGGAAUAAUAUGGCGCGUGGCGCGGUGCACAACAAUAAGCUCAAACCCCGCUGUGUUGCCCUCUGCCCAGGUCCCUGCUAGAUGCCAGCAAGUCGGGUGGCAUCAGGUGCCGUGACCAGCCUCUCCACACCCGCCAGCGGCCCCGGAGUGGGGAUAGCUCGACGCGUCACCCCGAGAAACUACCGCGCAUAUGCGUUGUCACUUUCACAUGCCAGAUACCUACCUCAGAGUACACGUGUCCAUGUGGACAAUUAGUUACGCUGCAUAAACUACCUAAUUAUUGGCAAGCCUUAAGUUUAAGAAUUAUUUAAAAUCAAAGUUUGUUUGAAAUGUACGAGAAAAAAAUUUUUAGUACAUAUAUAUUUUUAUUUAAAGCAUCUACAAUUUAUUUAUUUGUGUGGAAAAGAGUUAUUUAAUUUGAGAUCAUACAACAUGCAUCCUUACAAUUCUCAAUUAUUAUCUCUUCUAUAAAAACUUACAAAUAAUUUAUCUGAUUUUAUUUAUAAUAAGCAAGGCAUUUCACUUCUGUGGUGCGUGGACUCCACGCACACAUUUUAAUUGAACAAAUCCUUGGCAAAUAUUGGGGAAGAAAAUAAAUGGGUAAUUUCUAGAGAAGUGACUUCUGGGACUACAGUAACCAUAAUUUUAUGUCCAGUUGUUUAUUUAAUAAUACUUGUGCGGGUUUUAUUGGUGUGUGUUAUUUUUAGUUCAAAGACUGUCUAGCUCCUUGGCAGAUACAUAGGAACUUAACAAGGUGGAAAAUGGAUAAGCCAUAUUUUCACAUUCAGUAAUUGUAAAUGAGCAGACUGUUUUAUAUCUGGAGUCAUGUGAAGUGCAUUUUCAAUCCCGGAAUAGAUAUACUUUAUUACGAAUAAACGUGCAUAAUAACCUAUCACUAGUACUGAUGCAAUGAAAACCCUAAUACAUGUUUGGAAUACUUUGUAUUAAAAACAAUUUGGAUUAUGCAGAAAUGAAAUAUUACCUAGUAGAACUUGUAAAAUCACAAAACACAAUUUACGAAUACAUUUGAAAAUUCUAAACACAGAAAAUUUUCACACUUUUUUGUGUAUAAAUCUAUAAAUGUAAAGUUACGAGACAUGGGACAAAUUACCAAUUUUCACAAACACACAAAUUUUAUGGGUUUGAAUGACACUCAGAUUGCAAUUUUACUUAAAAGCAGUAAACUACAUUUUUUCUUAUGCCAUCACACAUGAAACUGUAUAAUUUGUGUGUUUAUCUUGUGUGUACUAAAAGCCAUCAUUUAAUUUAAUUUUAAAUAUAGACCUAGUCUCAUUAUUUCGCUGUUUCACAUACAAAUGGUCCAGCUAAUUGAUUAUUUAAAAUUCACUUUGAAUACCCUUAUUUACAUCCAAAAUACAAUAGAAAAUGGUGAGCAUUUGCAAAUUUCAGCAACCUGACGAGAACCUUCAUCUGAUAACAUUUGACUGGCUGAAGUUUUCCCAUAAUUCUGUAACUGUUUCAAUGUGAAUAGAUACAUUUCAAAACAAUAAUCAAAACAUCUAAAUCCCUUCGAAAUAAAUUAUAGUUUUUAACACUAGGGCCACACACUACAAAUUCAUUCUUUGAUAAAAUUUUCAUCUUGUACGAAACCUUUCACAGAAAUUCGAAUAUGGCUGAUUACCAAAACUUUUGCUAAACGACCAGCUCUCUGUUAAUUCUUCCACAGAACCAUCCAUACCAGCUGCCUGGAAGAACUUCCGAGGAUACUUCAAUCGUGUGAUAGGGCCUUUAGUAGGAAGUCACUGUACAGAAUCACAAAAAUUAAUGUAAUUUUUUUUCUUGCCCAAAAAAUUGUGAAUUAAAAAUUCUUAAUAUUUAUUGUCAUUAUAUCAAUAUAAAAACUAAUUAAUCAAAUUCUGUAAUUAAAAAAUUUUCAACCUUUUUUUUUUUUAAAUAUUUUUUGCUCUCAGUUAUAAGAGGGCCCCUCAAUUUUUGGGUGGUUCUUCAAUAAAAAUCUUGUCUUAUUUUCGGGUCAAUAUUAAAUUUUUUCCAUUUCAAUUUUAAUUUUUUUAUUAUCAAACUUCUAGUUUGAAAUAAUUUAUGUAUAUUGUUUGGUUGCGAAUGACUGAAUAUAUAUAUAUAUGUAAAGUUCCUUUAAUGAAUACCUGUAGUAUUUAUUGUACCUAAAAUUCAUUGAAACAAUGAAUAGUUACCUUUGUACCACAGUUUUUUUUUCUUCAUGAAAUAAUAAAAUUAAAAACUAUAAAUUGUUAUUUUAAGUCACUUUAUUUUUCACAGCUGAAUUCUGAUUCCACUAUGAAAGUUCCAUACAGUUUGAAAUAAAUGAAGUUUUUCAGUCUGUAGGUCUUAAAAUCAAGGGCGCCCAUACCCGGGGGGCAGGGGGGGGGGGGGCCGUGGCCCCCCCCCCUAGCUUUCAGGGAAGGAAAAAUAUAUAGUGUAGUCAGGUGUUUUACUUUAAAGAAAAUUAUUUAAAUUCGGUAUUAUGUAGAAGUGGUUCAACACGAAGAUAUUAUUGUAUAUCGUUUUUUACAUGUCUACUUCAUUUUUUAUGUUAGUUCAAGCAUAGUUUCUGCUGCUGCAAUAUAAGGUGUUGUGAAGAGGGAGAAAACGCUGUUCAAGCGCAACGCCCGUGGCGAGUCAUUCCCCUUCGUAAUCCUGCCCAAGCUCACUCGAUAACACAACACAACAGAUUUAGACCAGUCAGAGUUAGACGACGCGACAGUUGACAUGUACUUGUAGACGGCGAAAUGUUUUGCUACUUUUUCGUCAUAAUAAUGUGAAUGUUCACAAAUAACAUCUCAAAACAGAGAUUUUUCAAUAGUCUUUAGGUCUACAUUUUUAUGCAUGUGGUCUAGAUUUAGUUUAGUGUAUUCAGUCAGUAUAAAUAACUUAAGUGUAAAUAAAUCAGUGAAAAGUGUAAAGAUAAAAAACAUUGUUAUUAUGUAGUGUUUCUUAGUUUUAUUCAUUCGUCACAUCCGCUCAGAAUAUUCACAAUUUUUAAGGUAAGCUAUCACCUUUAAAGUUACUCAAAUAAGAAUUACUAUUCAGAAAAGUCUACAACGUAAAAUUUAUUUUGGAAUUUUGAAUUUAUAGGAAAACCACUUUUUCCCUUCAAAAGUUUUUAAAGGAAUAAGGAUUCCGCUACCUUCAGUAGACUCGGAAGCAAUUUACACUGGAAUCUCGAUUUUACGUACGCUCACGGUCGCUUGGAUUGCAUUCGUAAAAUCGUUAUCUUCAUAAAAUUUUAAACACCCCAUCCCGUAAAGAUACAUGUUAUAAUUUAUUGAACGGAAUAUAUAUAAUAUUAAAUAGUAAAAACAAUGACUGCCAUCUGCGCUCUGCCCUCCCCUGUGUUCCCCUUAUUUUUUUUAACAUUCCACAACUUGCCUCAUUGCACGAGUGAUAUAAAAGUGACAUCACAGUGACUAAACACAGUUGCACCACGCAUUGCAUCAUGUUAACUUUUGUGUGGUGACAGUAGGUUGUCCGACAUGCCUUUCUUGGAUAUCUUUCCUUUUCGUAAGAUGCGUGCUACUAAAAUAAAUUUAUAUUUGAGUUUGCAAAUUGUCCACUCCUUGCCAGAGACGACUGAACACAGACGAGACUAUCCAGGGUAGGGUUGAUGAGCUGGAAGAAUUCCCUGCCUUGCAUUUUUAUGGACUUCACCUUAUCAUAUUUAUCAGUUAAUCUUUAACAGAUCGGCUUGAAAAAUAUUAAUGAACGCACUUUUAGUAACAUAAUUGAGGAGAACAAGCACACAGUUCAGUGUACACCUGUACGGUUUCAUAAAAGUGAUCAUAGGUAGGGAUUGGAAAAAUUCGCGUUUUCAAUGACCACUAGGAUAGACUCCAUGAUUCUCUAUGUACUCGGGCAAAUAUCACCUGGCUAUUGGCUACCGACUCGGGACACCUGUUUAUUGCGAUUCUUAUGAUUCGAUACUUCUUUUGUUAAGUGUUUGCCAUUGGCUCAGAGUCCUUCAGGUAAGUUGCGGUCCAAUCACUGACGCAGCAUUAAGCUAAACGAGUUUGGAUUCCAGCCUGUCUCGAAAGGAAUCCGCAAAUUUUUACGGUCUCUAAUCAUAGGCUUAUUUGGUGAAGAAAAACGCUGCUCUGUAACGACAUUCAUUAAAAACACAGUACAUUUUAGUGCGAGAAGCCCUUGAAUUUGUGAUAGCCAUAGGGAAUUAUUUGUUUGUAUAGUAAGUUAAAAAAAGCUUAGUUAAAAAACUGCUCGUCACGUCUACUUGCUGCGUCACUUAUACCAUUUUUGAGCGUUUUUUACUGGGAAACCGAUGCAGCGAAGGUAAUGAAUGCGACACAUGUCAAGAUAAUGCCUAAUGGCGUGGGUUGCUGGAUAUUAGCGGAAAGGAGAGGAAGUAGCUACUCAAUAUCGUUUCUUUCUCUUACGCUUCACAAGGUUUCAAGCUCAGUUGCUAUGCUCACGAGCUGGAAAUGUUGGAAUGGGUAAGGAAUGUUGAGUAUAGUUCAUUUGCGGUAAAAUAAAUAUUUUUACGGCCUUGACAUAAUUUUUCAAUCGAAGAAAUUUCGAACUAUGCGACAAAUAGUGUACCUAGUCCAUUUUUUCUUUUCGAUUUUGAGUUUGAUGAUGCAAUAACGUAUACAAUAUUCGCUAACGGUAAAUGGAUGUUGUAUUAGCUUAAAAAUAUGAAUACGCUGUGCAUUAAAAUUAAUAUUUUUGUAUGUUUUCAUAGUGUUUUUUUAAAUUUUAUUAAAUAAAUUUUGGUGUCAAAUUUUCCGAAUUUUAGAUGGUUCCUGAAAUAUGUAUUCGUAAAAUCGCGGCUUCAUUGAGUCCGGGCUCCGUCAAAUCAAUGUUCUAAUGUACUCUUAAUUCUGAAGUUAAGUAAUGAACAUGUUAUUUAAGGGUUUAUCAGGGCCGUAUUUACGCGCAGGCUAUCUAGACUGUAGCCUAUGGGCCCGCACCACACAUGGGGGCCCGCACCACACGACACUGCGACGUGGAUCUUCUUAUAUUCUUAAAAUACGCGUCGACAUAGUGUCCAGUUGUUUUGUGUGGAUUGAUUGCGCCGAACUAAACUCUUCUGUGGAAAACUGACAUGAGUUAUGUCAGCAUUUAGAAAUUUUCGAUUAUUUUCAUUGGUUUUGGUGUCACUUAAUUCCUUAACCUCUAAAUACUGUUUGGUUAAAUUGUCUAGUUAAAUAAUAAACUAAUUUUUUCUGCGCUUUUCUAUCACUAAAUAAACUUAUAGUCCUCGACUACUGAAUCCAUCUGUGCUAAUUCUAAAUGAUAAGCAAUUAUGAUUCAUAUCGAAACAUAGUAAUAUUCAUUUAAUUGUGAAAAAUUUUUGACUAUAAUUAUAAGCGUAGUUCAGGUGUUACAUUUAAAAACAACUGUUUUCUGACUGUGAUAACAUAUUUAAAUCGUUUCUCUCCCAAAGUUGAAUCUUUUGACCAAAACGUUUUAAACUUUAUAAUUAUUUUAAUUUAAUUUGUACGCGAUAUUUAUUUAUGGGUAAAGAGAGCAAUUAGUUGAAGGACUGUAUUCUUGAUAUCCGUGUACCCGAGACGCUACAAAAGUAUAAGGACUGUAUUCCUGCAUUUUUGUUGCUAAAAAUUCAUUUGUUUCAAUAAAAUAGUUAAUAAUUAAUUAAUAAAGUAGCCAAUAUAGAUUUUUUUUAUGGCAAAUGAGUACUGUGGUCUAGUAUUUUAGUAACAGGACAAAAAAAUUUAAUAGGGUCAGAACUGGAACUAUUUUAUGGCUAGUAACAAGCCGCAGUUAAGUCUUCCAAAAUAUUAAAAAUACUUCAUACCCCUAAGUCUGGCCCCCCCCUAUAAAUUAUCAUAUGGGCACCCUUGCUUAAAAUAUAUUGGCAUUUAAAUAAAACUUUAUGACCAACCAUAUUUGUGUCUCUUGAAGUAACCAGUUUAGUGAAAUGAUAACUAAGGUAAACUAUCAUUUGUUAAAAUUUGUACAUUUUAGUGCAAAACCUUUGUGUGGUCUAGGCCUUGUGGAAGUUUCAGUGCAAGGAUAUAUUUGGACUGAAGUGCAAGCUUUAGCAGACCACUGGCCGUUUUCAUGGAAGUUUUGGUAUUCGGUCAUGUUCAAAUUUUUGUGGAUGUUUUCCAAUAAGGUUUAACUUUUGUCAACUUUUAGCCAAUCAAAAGACUGCUGUAGUCUUGAGUUAUGAACUAUGUUGAAACUUAAUAAUGCUCACCUGUUUUUGAUCUUGUUCGAUUUUAACAAGGGUAUUUGAAUUGUAUUUUAAUUAAUCAACUAUCUUGGACCGUUUGGAUGUGCAUAUAUUGUUAGAUAAAAAUUCAUUGAUGUGAUAAUGUAGGUAGGCCUAUCCCCAAGUCAUAUGUUAUACUUUUUGAAAUUUAAUGUUAUGUUCUUAAGGAACAAAACUUUUUUUUUUUUAUCUAGUACACAAAAACAUGAUAAUACAGCUAAAUAAGCAGAAACAAGAGACUUAAGGUUCUGUCUCUUAUGCCAUGUUGAUAUUUUUAGUUUUUUCAUUAUUACUUUUUUAAGGGCAAUUUCUAAAAUUAUAACUCAAUGCCUCCCUUGUGUUUAUGGUUUGACCACAGAUGUUUCCAACAGAUAUUCACCUAGAGUAAUAUCAUGGGCAUUAAAAGGCGCACAAGUCUUGAUGAUUAUCAUCACUUGUACGGUUUGUACAACAAUAUUAAACUUGGUGAAUAUCUGUUUAAUAGUGUGUGAGAUUGAGCCUUAAAAAGGUAUCAUUAAGUGAUUUGAGUGUUUUUAAAUACUGACAUACGUGAAUCUGUUAAACGUUUUGUAAACUUAUGGCUUUAUUUAAAUAAAAGUGCUUAUUUCCAUGAUAAA